CUGGCCGGCACAUUGAAAGUUCGUUAGUUAAACAAAACAGCAUACGCAAUUUWAUUUCUUUACUAAAAGCAGCGACAAGAAUACUGCUGUUUUAGAGAAAGAGGAAGGCUGGGUAUCGGCUAGCCUAUUUAAACUCAAUGAGAUAAGGAAAUUGAGUCAAGGAACUUGUUUUUUCGUUAUAGUGUGAGGAUUUCCUCGGGCAACGAAGGACUGAACAAUGUUGGUGGUUUAUCUGUUCGACCUGGUUUUCUUCGUUUUAUCAUUCUCUUUAACUGAGGGCUACCAUUACAAGAAACUUCUGCCGCCACAAUUUAGUAUCACGAAGACACCAAAAGUAAAAGCUGUUGUAACAUUUGGAGAUGGAUUUAGCAGAAAGAUAAGUCAUUCAUUAGGAUUAUCAAAAGCGACUAGUAACGAUUUUUCCUCGAUUGCGCAUGCUCUGGACGGCAAUAUCUCCACCCAAUGGAAAUCCCCUGGCGUGACACGUGACAGCAUAACUCAGGAAUUGAAUAUUACUGUGUCGUUUGGCCAGGAUUUCGAWGUGACUAGUUUUACCAUACGCGCAGGCAACACACCUUUACCUGGGGUCUGGGUACUAGAGGUUUGGAAUCCUCRCCGGCGUCAGUUUCAAGUGUGGAAAUCAUACGUCACUAGGCCAUUGGAAUGUAGAAAACACAAUCGAUGGACCUGUGUUGUGAGGCGAAAGGCAAGGUUUUCGGAGCAUGUAAAGGUCCCAAUUUUGACAUCGAAAYUACGUCUGAGAUUCCUACAAAUAARAUCAAUGGAAAGUCCUAUAGCUUAUUAUUCCAUCCGGGAUCUCAAUGUCAAGGGUCGAUGCAGAUGUAAUGGUCAUGCUGACGCAUGCGUACUGUCACAUGAUGGCCUAAUGAAGUGCGCAUGUCAGCACAACACUUGUGGCAGAAAUUGCGAAAGGUGCUGUCGUGGUAGCRUCAAACGAGAAMGAAAGAAGUSGAAGAGUUUCUCUUGCAAAAAACAUUCUGUAGUGUCAUCACGGGACAACACGAAUGCCUCACUGUCAUCGAUGCAAGGCGACCAAGGAAUACCUGACCAACUUUGCUUUUGCAACAAGUUUGCAACAAGGGGAAUGCAGUGUAACCCAGUAUCGUUCAACAGUGGUUGCAACUGCCUUCCAAACUACCGCGGUAGAAGAUGUGAAAGCUGCAUGCCGGGAUACUAUGGGUUUCCGAAUUGCUUACCAUGCAAGUGCAACUCCGAAGGCUCGACAAAUCUGGUGUGUAACCAGAAAACAGGACGAUGCCCGUGCAAAACCAGAAUUCGUGGAACGAAGUGUGAUUUAUGUCCACUUAGACACUAUGACUUUCCAAGGUGUAGACCUUGUUUGUGUAGUAAAACUGGUUCGUACAGCUUCCUUUGCGAUGCCAAGACAGGCCAGUGCAGCUGCAAAGACGGAGUGUACGGUCGCCGAUGUAACGAGUGUCCCGCAGGAUACUAUAACUUUCCCUUGUGUUGGUGGUGUAACUGUAAUCUCAAGACCACGACAGACGACGUCUGUGACAACAAUGGUAAAUGCAUCUGCAAGAAGAACUUUAUGGGAGAGUCUUGCGAUCAAUGCAGACCCGGCUACUAUGGAUACCCACAGUGCACAGAGUGCGACUGUAGAUCUGGGUUUGGUCGGUGCGGAAAGGUGGGUGAAUGCAUAUGUUUUAAAGGAUACACUGGACGCAGUUGUGACCGGUGUGCAGAUGGUUAUUACGGAUUCCCUCACUGCUUGGAAUGCGGUUGCGAUGCUCAAGGCUCCUACUCAUCCACCUGCGAUUCCAUAACAGGAAUUUGCCAGUGUAAACUAAACGUUAUUGGCAAGACAUGCGACCAAUGUGCUGCAGGAUUGGUGGGUUUUCCGUCCUGUACACGAUGUAAUUGUAACCCAACGGGGACAAAAGUUGGAGACGCUGGAUCAACCUGCAUUGGUGUUAGUGAGGUUCGAUGUCUUUGCAAGAAGAAUGUGAUGGGAAAAACCUGUGAUCAUUGUAAAUAUGGAUUCUAUGACUUUGACUCCAGCAACGCAGACGGUUGCUUGUCCUGCGCAUGCUCCUCGCGAGGCACUGCCUCAGGAAUCCGUGGCUGUGAUGAGAUCACUGGAAAAUGCAGCUGCAAGGAUCGAGUUGGAGGAAAGAAGUGCAGMACUUGUAUUAAUGGAUUUUAUGGACUCGUGUCUCAGGAUAUGUUUGGAUGUAAAGAUUGUUCGUGCAAUCCCGGCGGAUCUGUAAGCAGAGUGUGUGACAAAGCCACUGGACGCUGUAGAUGUCGACCAAAUGUCGAAGGCAUCAACUGCGAUAGAAUGCCUAAGGAUUCAAAGACUUAUUUCCCAAACCUCCAUCACAUACGCGCUGAAUUAGAAAGAGCUGUAGGAGAUGACGGGAUCCCUGUGUUGGGCAGUUCUGAUCAAGCAGCAUUUCCUUCGUUUUCUGGCAGCGGUUACGUCGUGUCUCCCAAACAGAAAGCCAUCCUCAUGGACAUACAAGUCCCUCGUUCCAGUGUCUAUCGUGUUAUUUUUCAUUACGCGUUGAACAACGGCACUUCUGUAGCCUCUGAGAUCAUCCUCUCUCCUAAAGGAGCAAGAGAUCCCACACAUAGGAUAGUUCACACAUUUAGACCGACAUCUUACAGCGGUGGAGCGCAAACUAAGUUCGUAGUGUUGGCUGAAAAUGGAAAAACUGCAGAAUGGGAAUUGAAGAAAGGCAUGUGGACUGUGUCAAUCAACACGGGAAGCUCUGACUUGUUAAUGGAUUACGUGGCGCUUCUACCAGAAGAGUACUACACUGGGUCAGUCCUWCGUUUCGUAUCCACAGAACCCUGUGAGGUGCGCAAAUACUUCAACAAGCAAUGCAGUAUGCACAAGUAUUACACUACCAGCGAUCCAGACGUCGUAACGAUUCAAGGAAGCCACGGUUUGCAAGGCAACGGGUUUCCUGUGCUCAGUUUUGACGAACCUAAAUUUGCACUGAAUAGAGUAAGCUAUGGCAACAAAAUGGCUCUUCUAGGAAGAUCUCAGUUGAGCAUUUCCUAUGAGAUUCAAGUCAAACAAGCAGGUCGUUAUAUCCUCGUCAUAAAGUAUCUUCAGCCUGAUCGCAACGUUCGUCGAGUCAACGUCCUUCACGAACAGUCUCGAGGCUUGUUUGAAGCUCUUCCCUGUGUUUAUACGUUUGCAUGCCUACAUGCUGUAAUCAAUGGCAUGGGCCAGCCAAUGGUAUUCGAGCUGCAAGGUAACCUAUUCAGAAACAAGAUUAGUCUCUCUACGACGCAAGCCGC